AUGUCAGCAUUCUUUAAUUUAUAAAGUUUGAUAACAGUGCUUUUAUUUAUAAUUUGCACUUGCUCAUAUAUAAGAAGAUCAAAACCAGAAUAUAUAAAUCCAUAUACAUAGGGAUUUAGAGGUUUUUUUAGAAGAGCAGCCGUAAUAGGAGAUAGAUUAAGCCCUUGGGUUACUUUAAUGUGUAUUAUUAUGGGAUUUUCAUGUAUUUUUUACAGAUGA